AUGAUUCGCGCUCAGAACAACGAAUCUAUACGUAACUCAGGUGUUGGUGGGGUUUGCCUGAUGAGUACCAAAUGGAGAGACGAACAACAUUCAUCCUUCAUAAACUUUAUAUCCUGCUUCCUCACUUCAAAUUCCUUUCGGUUAAACUUUGUGCCAAUUGCACCUGAUCUCAUCUUUAACUGUGGGGGUUUAUCGCUGGCUUUCAUUUUUGUCAUAAAUUACGACUGCAACAAUCCUGGACCUAUUUUUAGCAGAGCUCAGAAACUGAAGAGUCAAUUUGCACAUCUCUAUGUGGUCGUCAUUCUUCCCACAAAGGAGCAGAAUGAUUCUUUUGUACAUUCUUAUUUUAGUUACAGUAAGGAUAUUGGUAGACCAACAUUUGUUCCAGCUCUGGAUCUAGAAAUGGGGUUUGAGAAGAUUGUAAGAAUAGCACAUGCUCGUGGUGUGUGCAAGAGGCACGAUGUAGUUUCCAAAUUGAAAGCUGAGAGGGAGAGGUCAGUCCAAGGGAUGAAUGCAUUCCUCAGAGUUGUCUCCUCAAUCCCACGUGUUGAACCUCAUGAUGCUAAUGCGCUUCAAAGCAUAGGAUCAAUCGAAGCAUUAGCCAAAGCAUCAAAGGAAAUCAUUCUGGAAAACACUGACAUUUCAUCAGAAAAAGCUGAGAUGAUUUCAAGAUUUUUCAGAGACUGCAAGUUCAACAUGAGCCCCAGAAUUAGUUGA